UAGGUGCGGAGAGCGGUCAGUGAUUACAAGUGACGUUGGCUCGUAGUGUUGGGGAACGAAUACAUUUGAGAAUAUUAAAAUCAAAAUGACAAACGAUAGUGUAGUCGAUGAUAAAAUAUUUAUGGAAAAGGAAAUUCUUCUACCUUACUCGCACAUUGCAAAACUUCCAAGCAAGCUUUUUCGCAAGAGGAUUUCGUUGGCUUUCAAUCACUGGUUAAAAUUAUCAGAUGAGAGAGUCAAUUAUAUUGUGGACACAGUUCAUAUGCUACAUGUCGGAACAUUGUUACUUGAUGAUAUCCAAGAUGACACUGAAAUGCGCCGGGAUACUCCAGCCGCUCAUCUGGUGUAUGGUGUUCCCAUAACUACCAACGCAUCUCUGCAAGUUAUCAUUCUUGCAUUGGAAAAAUUACUAGCAUUACAACACCCUAAGGUUGCUUCAGUCUAUAGUGACGGAAUGAUGGAAAUAAUUCGCGGUCAAGGUAUUGAAAUUUAUUGGCGAGAUAAUUUCCAAUGUCCUACUCCAAAACAAUUCGAAGAUAUGAUCAAGCAAAAAACAGGCCACAUGAUAGCAAUGGGACCAAGGAUAAUGCAGUUAUUUAGCGAGAACUAUCAUGACUAUACUGAGCUCGUGCUUCUUGUUGCUCUGUAUUUCCAAAUACGAGACGACUAUUGCAAUCUGAUGAAGCAUGAGGAGAUAGAAGAGUGGCCGUCAUUGAAUAAUGAUCAAAAUGGGCAGAUCAACAAAUAUAAUUUUUGUGAAGAUUUAACAGAAGGCAAGUUCACUCUACCAAUCAUACACGCCUCUAAGCAACCUGGUGGAGAAGCUGUCCUUAAUAUUCUUCGGCAACGCACCAAAGACAUAAAUCUAAAGCAGUAUUGCGUGUCAGUACUUGAAUCACUUGGGAGUAUGAAGUAUACGAGAGAAAGACUGCGUCAGCUUGACCGCCAAAUACGAAACGAGAUUGAGCGGUUGGGCGGUAAUCCAGAACUUAUUGCAGUUAUGAAUGAUUUGAACAUUGUGUGAUAUUGGUUAUAUUUAUAUGUUAUGAUAUGUUUGAACGUUAAGUACUCACUUGUUACGUAUAUUUAUUGUAGUAAAAUUUGCAGUUUGUUUAAAUAAAAUAAUCUAUUAAUACAAAUGAUUUCUACGUUUACUUAAAUACUAAAUAUCAUAGAAGUCGUAGUGGGAAGUUAGAGUGUCUAUGAAGCUGAUAGCGGUAGGUACCUCUCGUACCUACUGCCAAACUUAUCCU